UUCAACUGCCUCCAGACACUCACACAGGACCUUCACUGGUUCCAAUUUAAAAGAGAGGAAGAGCUGGGUAUCAUCCACAUACUGGGGAACACGCAGCCCAAACCCGCUGAUGAUCUCUCCCAGUGACUUUGUAUAAAUAUUAAAAAGCAUGGGGGAGAGGACAGAGCCCUGAGGAACCCCACAAGUGAGAGCCCAGGGGUCUGAACACUCAUCCCCAACACCACUUUCUGGACAUGGCCCAGGAGGAAGGAGGGGAACCACUGCACAGCAGUGCCGUCAGCUCCCCUAGAGGUUCCAGAAGGAUACCAUGGUCAAGGGUCUCCAAAGCUGCUGAGAGAACCAGCAGAACCAGGAAAGAGCUUUCCCCUUGGUCUCUAGCCCAUCGGAGAUCAUCAAGCAGGGCAACCAGGGUAGUUUCUGUCGUAUGAUGAGGCCUGAAUCGCAAUUGGAAGGAUAAUGGUGGCAGAAGCUUUCCUGGUCCUGCCCCUCCAAAAGCUCCAGGCCCAAGACUUUCAUUAGCUUCAAGGGGCCAUCGGAGUUGCUGGAAGAAGUUGUCCAGGACACCAUCCAACCAUCUUAGAGAGUCCACUCUGGAUUUGUGUAGGUUUUCCUCCGUAGCAUUUUCUUCUCCUGAAGAUAACUCAAGAGGAAGUGAGGGAACCAUGGCCCAAUGGGAAAAUUUAUGGAAGAUCAAUUGGAAAUUCACAAACUGUUACACAAUUAGAGAGAAGUUUCAAAAAAUGCAACAUCGAUGGUAUCUAACACCAUGGAAACUUUCAAAAAUGUAUAAAAAUGUGUCAAGUAAUUGUUGGAGAUGCGGAGACUCAGGAACAUUCUUUUUUUUUUUUUGCUGAUAAAUUUUUAUUGAUAUUAUACAUAUGUACAAAUAAACUUAUACAAAAUCCAAUACUUAAAUUGCACAAAAUAUAUUCAUUCCAUAAGUCGUAAAUACAUUCAUUUUAGGCUCUGCCGAGCCUUGGACCUCCUUCUACUCCUUUGAGCCUGCCAUCACCCGCAGCAGAAUUCCCCAACCCACCAAGAAUUUGAGACCCAGCAGCUAUCCUCACCUGGUUUAGCAGGCCGGUUGAAGCCGUUCCUGGGAUUGUGGUCCCUGUUGCAUGCUGACAGCUUCCAGAAGCCAAAGGAUUUCCUUUCCUCCCACUCUGAAGAAGGGGAUGGAGAAGACAGUCAAAACUCCAGGGAAUGGUGCACCUUUCAUUUCAUUAGGAAAAGAAAUUAAAAUGUGGAAUAUUUUCAUUGAAUGAGCACACAUAGUUCACAUCAACGACCUCCAACAGGGGGGGUACCAUUUAAAGUUAUGGAGUGCAGAAAGAGCGUUAGCAAUAAUGGAAAACUUAGAAGACAUCAACAGAAUAGCACAGGGGAGAAACCAUAUAAAUGUAUGGAGUGUGGAAAGAGCUUCAGUCAGAGUGGACACCUCAAUAUACAUCAACGGAUUCACACAGGGGAGAAACCAUAUAAAUGUAUGGAGUGUGGAAAGAGCUUCAGUCAGAGUGGACACCUCAAUAUUCAUCAACGGACUCACACAGAGGAGAAACCAUAUAAAUGUAUGGAGUGUGGAAAAAGCUUUAGUGAUAAUGGAAAACUUAGAAAACAUCAACGGACUCACACAGGGGAGAAACCAUUUAAAUGUAUGGAGUGUGGAAAGAGCUUCAGUCAGAGUGGACACCUCAGUACACAUCAACGGACUCACACAGAGGAGAAACCAUAUAAAUGUAUGAAGUGUGGGAAAAGCUUUAGUGAUAAUGGAAAACUUAGAAAACAUCAACGGACUCACACAGGGGAGAAACCAUUUAAAUGUAUGGAGUGUGGAAAGAGCUUCUGUUUCAAUGCACACCUUAGAACACAUCAACGGAUUCACACAGGGGAAAAACCACAUAAAUGUAUGGAGUGCGGAAAGAGCUUUAGUGAUAAUGGACAACUUACAAAACAUCAACGGACUCACACAGGGGAGAAACCAUAUAAAUGUAUGGAAUGUGGAAAAAGUUUCAGUCUGAGUGGACACCUCAAUAUACAUCAACGGACUCACACAGGGGAGAAACCAUUUAAAUGUAUGGAGUGUGGAAAGAGCUUCAGUCAGAGUGGACACCUCAAUAUACAUAAACAGACUCACACAGGGGAGAAACCAUUUAAAUGUAUGGAGUGUGGAAAGAGCUUUAGUGAUAAUGGACAACUUAGAAAACAUCUACGGACUCACACAGGGGAGAAACCAUUUAAAUGCCUGGAGUGCGGAAAGAGCUUCAGUUUCAAUCCAACCCUUAGAACACAUCAACGGACUCACACAGGGGAGAAACCAUUUAAAUGUAUGGAGUGCGGAAAGAGCUUUAGUGAUAAUGGAAAUCUUAGAAAACAUCAACGGACUCACACAGGGGAGAAACCAUUUAAAUGUAUGGAAUGUGGAAAGAGUUUCAGUCGGAGUGGACACCUCAAUAUACAUAAACAGACACACACAGGAGAGAAACCAUUUAAAUGUAUGCAGUGUGGAAAGAGCUUUAGUGAUAAUGGAAACCUUAGAAGGCAUCAACAGACUCACACAGGGGAGAAACCAUUUUCAUGUAUGGAGUGCGGAAAGUGCUUCAGUGAGAAUGGAAGCCUUAGAACACAUCAACGGACUCACACAGGGGAGAAACCAUUUAAAUGUAUGGUGUGUGGAAAGUGCUUCAGUGAGAAUGGAAGCCUUAGAACACAUCAACGGACUCACACAGGGGAGAAACCAUUUAAAUGUAUGGAGUGUGGAAAGUGCUUCAGUGAGAAUGGAAGCCUUAGAACACAUCAACGGACUCACACUGGGGAGAAACCAUUUAAAUGUAUGGAGUGUGGAAAGUGCUUCACUGAGAAUGGAAGACUUAGAACACAUCAACGGACUCACGCAGGGGAGAAACCAUAUAAAUGUAUGGAGUGUGGCAAGAGCUUCAGUCAGAGUGGACACCUCAAUAUACAUAAACAGACUCACACAGGGGAGAAACCAUUUACAUGUAUGGAGUGCGGAAAGAGCUUUAGUGAUAAUGGAAAACUUAGAAGACAUCAACAGACUCACGCAGGGGAGAAACCAUUUACAUGC